CUACCUGCAAUAAACUAAAAAGGCGUUGUCAAUUAGCAUCCAUCUGUGUCGCAAUAUCCAUCAAUAAAAUGCUACAUGUAUAACCUAAAAUCGAGAAAAGCCCUAGAACUCACGGAUUCCUUGACAUCGCCAGCAACCGAUAGGCCAACAAACCGAGUGUAUGAUAAACCAAGCCUGGUACAUGCACAAAAUAAGUAAAAGAAAACGUUAGAAUACCAACAUUUUACAUUUAUAUUCAUCAAACAUGCUUGCAAACAACGCAUGCCGCAACCACGCAAACCUGCACACGGCAUGACCUACCGAGGACAAAUUUAAUGUCAAACUCUCCGCCACUGUACUAGCCAAUCAAAGCUGAGAAAGCCCUUAAGCGCGUAAGAUAUAACACUCUAUAACGUAUAUUCUCACUCCUUUUGCUGCAUAUUUUUAACAAUUGUUUCUGAAAUAACCUUGUCAUGUACCACCAAGACGAAUAAACUGUAUUACUAUGAUUGUUGUUAAUUUUCUGUAAUAUGAUAGUCCACCGUGUUUCAUUUACAUAACAGUGGUUUCUAACCAUAAUACAAUAUAGCUUUGCUUUUUUCGGUCAUUGUAUGACUGGCUUUAUAGUGUAGUUUUUAUGCAAAUGAAUGUAUGUUUCCGAAUGGUUUUUUAGGUAUGUCAGCUGAGUCCUCUGCAUUUAUGUACAAGGGAGGCGUGUCAGCUAAUGUCGGGAAUGAGACAGUUUUAGGGACUCCUGUCCCAGUUGCACAUUCAACUGCUGGCAACAGUAAAUAUUCAGCUUACAACAGAAAUGGUCGGGCCUACUUCGAUGAAAUCCUACCAACUUCACCAGCCUUCCUAAAACAUACUUAUGUUAUUGAAGGCAGUAAAAACCAUCAAAAUCGUAAUAUUCAAGAUGAAGGCAAUAAAGAAACUAGCAUUUUAAACAUUGAUGCAAUAAAGGGUCUUUCAGAUAGUGUUUUAGAUCGCAGCUUGCACGAAGUGAUUACGAAAAAGUUAAGUGAAAAGAACCAAAUUAAGCAACUGGAUACCUUUAAUGUUGAAUACUGUCAGCCCCCUUCUGCGGAUAUUGAAACAGAGCAACAGAAAAUUCAGUUCGAUGACGAAGAGCUAAAAAUGUUAGAAGAUGCCAUUAGUGAUUUCGACUGUGAUACAUCAGAAACAACUAUCCCAACUCGCGCGUGUGAAACAUUUGCUCGUCGAGUAUCAUGCAAACCAUCGGCGACGGGGGAAGAGUGUUCGGAAGGCAAUACAACAUCAGUUCCUUCUUUACAGUCAGCCGAGGGCAGUGGUGAAGCCGAUGGUAGUAUUGUUGAUGUUGAAGCACAAGAUCCCGCACAACCACAUGUUGCUUGCCCGGCUACUGGACCUUCUACUCAAGUUUCAGAAGGUCAUCCAGACAAUACUAUUGACAAGCAGUUAAGCUCACAGACUAAGGGAGUUGAUCAGUCACUAAUAAGAUCUCGCGUCAAACUAUAUUCACACCUACCAUGUCUUACUGGCUUAUCAUCUGCUCUUGAGAGUAAUUCAUUCGGCAACAAAUCAGAUAAUUGUGUACCACCUGAAUUGCCUAAACCAACUACUAAUUUGAAUGCAAAUAUUUCUGCAUCGCUGUCAUCAGUAAAUGAUGUAAAUAGACAACUCCUAAGCCAUACAAACAGUCAUCUUGCUAAUUCAGCUGAUGCAAAUAAUAUUUCUCAAGCUCCUCAAGAGCAGAUUUCAAAACACGACUUAUCUGAAAAUGCUUCACAUGAUAUCCAGAAAGUUGAUAAUGCUAUGGAGGCUGACGAUACAAUAUUAGGAAAUCUGGAUAUGUCAAAAAUCGACAUUAGCUGUUUACACGUGUCUGAUAUUGAUGGUUUACUGGAUAUGAUAACUGCUCUAGGUAAGCAGUCUAAAACUUGUGAACCAGCAACUCAGUACAAUAAAAUUAUUUACAGUUCAGAGGGGAAACAACCAAAUUUUCCUUCAUCCAAGGUCGAUGGGGGAAAAGAGAAUGUACCACCUGCUAAUGAUGAUAUGAUCUGUUCUGAGAAAGAAAAUCUAAGCGUCAACAGAAAACACUCUCAACAUUCGAAUUCUCUUCGUUCAAAUGAAUCCACCGAUUCACCUAUUAGAUAUCUACCAAAAGUUGGACAUGAAAAUUUAUCGAUUAAUAAAGUGUCUAUAACACCUCAGAAAGAUGCUGUCUCUUCAGAAAUGUCUAAGGCUCAAAAAAUUCCUAUUCUUUCAAAUACUGACUGUUUAAUAUGGGCUGGAGCUGUUUGUGGACAAAUGCAGCGAAAGAGUUUCCUCAUUAAACAUAAAAUGGAUAAACCGGUCACAUUGUCAUUUGCUAUUCGUCCUAAAUCCGAAGUUUUCAAACUUGUUGAUGAGAAUGGUUAUCUUAUUACGGGGAUGUUUCGUGUACAUUUACCACCGAAUCUUGAAUAUGAAGUUAAUGUCGCCUAUGUAGGCAAGCAUCCAGUUUCUUGGGAUUUCGCGAAUUUAUUGUUUCGUUUAGAGGAUGAAACACUGACCCGUACAUCAAAGGUGAGACUAAUCGGAUAUACAAAUUCCAGCCAGUUAGUGUAUUAUUGUUGUUCAAAGUUAAGUUCUAAUGUUUAUUGGACUGUAGCAUCGAAAGUCGAUCCUAUUUGUGAGAUGAUUGAUAAGAAGAUUGAAAGAACAAGUCUUCAAUCUCCAAAAAGCUGUUUAACUUCAAAUUUAUCCGGAUGUUGUUUGGCGAGAAUCACUGUCAGCAAUUUUGGUGCAAGAUCUGCAUGGGUUUGUGCACGUGUGGAAUGUUUGGAUCAGAAAUCUGAUGAUCAAAAAGAUUGUAAUGAGUUUUCUGAUAACGGGAUAGUAGUUGAUCCGGAAAAUUUGGUGAUUGGAUCAAAACAAUCUGAGAGUAUUUCUAUCACUUUAAAACCUGGAGUAAAAGCUGCACGUAUUGUGUUGUAUCAUGGCGAUGAAAUACUUCGUUACCAAUUUCGACAAUUAUACACUCAGUCUCAGAAAACAUCGAAACACGAAAAGCCAUCUAGUCACAGUCAGAAGGAUAGUCGCUUGCGUUUGCUAGAUAUCUUGAAAGAUUUUGCACAUGAACAGUCUAUUCAAGUUGUUGAACUGCCAUCAGCAUCACACAAUGAUCUUCGACCACAAGAUUGGCGUCAAGCUUUGAUAGAUCAAGUGCACCAUUGUGAGCCUAUGUACUUGUAUAUUUAUGCAUCAAAAGAAGAUCAAGCUUCCAGUUGUUUUAAUCAACUUCAUUCAGUAUGCGAAUCACUGUUAGAAAAUUCGUUAGCUAGUGUUUUUGUUCAACGAGAUGCUUUCAAGCAGCGAAGUUCUCUUAAUUCUGCUCUUCAAGAUUGUACGCUAUCCUUGUCAUCGAAAUCAUUAUCUAAGCGAUCCAGUUUACAAGAAGCCUGUCCACCAGCAACUAAUCUCAGUCCCAGUAUUAAGGAUACUAAUCGAAGGGAGUUGUCAGAUUUACAACCUCCAAAGAUAAAAUUGAUUCCUUCCAAUACUUUGGUAUUUCCAUCUUGUGUUCACGGAUGUUCAACAGAAGCUUAUUUUUCAGUAAGUUUAGUAGAAGAAACAAGCAACUUUCCGAUUCCAUCCAGUAGUGAUUCUCCUUCAUUAUGGAAAGUGUUUUGGUCAGCCAAUCCUGUGACAGAUGUACAAGUUAAACGGCCUACUGUGCAUUCUUCAUGUUCAGUAAGCAAAAGGCUGACUUUGGGACGGGAUGUAUUUCAGUUGAUGCAUACAAAAACUGAUUCACUCAAAAAUAAUUGUCAGUCGACCGAUAAAUUUGCUAUCCUGUCAUCUGAUCCUAAGAAAGCUGGACAUGGUCAAUUGAUUAUACCCUUUCUUUUUAAACCUGUUUCAUCACAUGAAAAUACAAUGUUUCAAGAUUGGCACCUUAAUUUUUGGAUAGAACCAUACUCACAAAAUAAAUCUCGCCAUGAAGUACAAUAUAACCCAAAAGACUCGGUUACACUUUUAGUCACUUUAGAAGGUUCGUGCUGCAAACAACCUACGCUAAAUAAAAGAUCUCCAUGCGCUCAUCUACAAAACACGUCUAACAGCAAACUUGAAGUGUCCUCCUCUUCACUGUCCAAAGAUCUCACAUUCAACGAUCGUAAUGUGUCGUUGUCGAGAGAAAUUGCUGCAAAAUCUGUUCCUAUAGGUCUACUUGAUAUUGUCGGUCUGCCGGUUAAAUUUGAGAUCAUAGAUUCAAAGUCUACAACAACCAAAACUCGUUUCCACAAUAUUAUGCUGAUCAAUCGCUUGAAGACAGCAGAGGUUUUCGUCAAACUUCAACUUCCAAAUCCACCUUUUUAUAUGACAGAACCAAAAGAAACGAGGUUUCGUAUAGCGCCUCGUUCUCGUGUAAAGCUAGUGCUUAGCUUUCAACCUUACGAUUUGGGACGUGCAAGUUCAGUUUUGGGAAUUCGUGUUGAGUGCCGCAACCAAACAGAAGCCGACAAACCAACUGUUGAUACAUUUCAAAUUCACUUAUUUGGCACAAUGAACUAACUUUGCUUUCUUAUAUUUCUAUUGUGAUCUUUUACUAAAUAGCAUAUGAAUUAAUACACUAUUAUCUCCUGUGGCUACAUAACUUAUUCUCUCAUUGUGAGGGACAAACCACACACACUAUUUGAAUUUAAAAAUCCGCAAAUUUCUGAAAUAAAUGUAAGAUCAUAUAGAAUAACGAUUGCAAGCUAUACGUAUCUGUAAGACAGGUUGAUGGUUGACAAGAUCAGUAGAUUAGGUCAGAAGAUCGACGGUCCUAAAAAUCCAUCAACAAUUGAAGUUAAAGCAUGGUCAUCUGAACCAACCUGUUGAUUAGUACACGUGUCGCGAAGUCCUUAAUUAUUUAUUUCCAUUAUUCCGCAAGCAUACACAAAAAAGCUUCGCGCAUUCCGGAACCACUAAAAGUAAUUAAAAUGUAUUGACUAGUGCAAGUCGCUACACUUUUCAGCAAAUAUUUUAAGAGAAGCUGAAAUACGUAGUAGGACGAAAAACAAAGCUGGUGAUAGAUAGAUUACUUAAGAAUACUAAAAUUCUCGAAAUAUGAGUACUGGGUGCUUUUAUGAACCUGAUAUAUAUAUAUAUAUAUAUAUA